CGUCGCGAUCUUUUUCAAGCGAUGGCGGCACGGGACGCUGUACUGUCGAUGACUCCGCCGCCGCGUCGCGCAUCUUGUGGCCAACAGACGGGAGAGGUGCAUUUCAAAGACGGCAACGGUUGGUUCUACCACACAGUAUCGGCCGCUACGCCUACGGAGAAGCGUAAGGCUCAGCUGUUCAAACAGGAGGCUGGUGAGCGCCAAAGUGACAGCGACAGCGACGAUGACGCAGCGUCGCAGCAAUACGCGUGGAGUGUGGGCUCCACGCGACGCCGAAGCAGCGUGGACAGCUCCGUACAGUUAGAGCGCACACGCGAGAUUGCUGGUAACCUGCAGGACAGCAUACUGGCUAGGAUAUCGACACUCCGAGCACUCUGUGACGAAGGAUUUAUCACGGAGGAGGAGUAUGAACGACGCAAGUGUGUCAUAGUGGACGAACUCACAUUUUCAUCGCUAGCACCGGCGUCAAGUACGCAGAAUACAGUCACACAGAGGAGACGCAUGUCAUUUCGAAGGACGGAAGGCUUACCACUCAUUGUUCCGCACGCGCCGGACUUUCGGGAAAUGAGUCCGGAACUAGCUAUUAAACACGUAUUCAACUACUCCAUACGCCAAUGGAGCAGCACGCAGGUGUUCAUCAAUCUGGACGAGACACCUUUUAGUAAAGGAAGUCUUCGGAUAGUGUACCAUUUGCAAGAUCUGAGCACGGACAGCUCCGUGAGUUUGUCCAAUAGUGGCUGCUAUACAGAUAGCUACGUGGCUAAGCUGGCUAUCGACCCGGACGAAGACCCGCAGACGUAUUUUAAAGACAUCGAACUGCAGGCUCAUUGCGCACAUUACGCUCAAGUAUAUAACUCGUAUACUCCACCCAAGCGUGUCGAAUUCAUCCCAGCUUGGGUGCUCGAGCUACCUGAGCGAAAUGGUGCAUUAUGCGCAGUGGAGGCGUAUAUCCCGGGAGAAUACCGCAAACACAACAACAAUUUUGGGUCAGUGAGCGACGAUGAACGCAACACGCCACAAGCUUUUUCUCACUUUACGUACGAAGCUUCGAAUCACGAACUACUCGCUGUGGAUAUUCAGGGCGUGGGAGAUCUGUAUACAGACCCACAGAUCCACACACUUAACGGCCACGACUUCGUCUCGUCACGCUGA